AUGACUACUUUGGCAUCACUGAUUGGGGAUCUGCCCCGUUUAGACAAGGUUGCCGAGACUAUGGCCGGCCGGGCCGUGUCUGGUCCUGAUGACUUUCAAAGCAUCAACGACCUCAUUACUUUUCUAGCCCGGACGAUUCCCGAUUCGCCAUUGAUCGCCUACCCUGAGUCUGAACUGGGAGCAGCUGAUUUUAAAGAUUACACUGCUAAGGACCUUGACUCUUUUGCCGACGAAGCAGCGAAACGCCUCUACUCCCUUGGUCUGAAACCCUCUCGAUUACGUGCAGAUGAAGCAGAUGUGAUAGCCAUGCUGGGGCCGUCAACCAUGGACUAUGUCGUCUCUAUCCUUGCUCUGUCACGGAUGGGGUUCACCAUCCUCUUCCUCUCCACGCGUCUUCCAGCGGAUGCCUGUAUCGCGCUGCUGCAAGAAACGAAAUGUGUUCGCAUCGUCAGCCAUGUCAAGUCUCAAGCAACGGUAGCCAAAAUCCAGGAGGAGGGGUACGGUCUGCAAAGCUUUGGUAUGCCAGACCAUUCAGUCUGGAACUCUUGCUGUUCCUCCGGACCCAGAUUCCAGCGAGAAACCGAGCUCCUAAACGAAAGUGACACAGUGGCAUUCAUUGUUCACUCGUCGGGCAGCACUGGGUACCCCAAGCCCAUUUAUCAGUCACAUAGGCACUGCCUCAACAACUACUCCACAGGAGCAGGGAUGAGGGCUUUUGUGACAAAUCCAUUGUACCACAACCACGGCAUAUGUAUGAUGUUUCGAGGCAUGUAUCAAGGCAAGCGGGUGGCGUUGUAUAAUGCCAACUUGCCCAUCACCAACUCUCAUCUCGUUGCCGCGAUGCGGGCCGCCGCCUUUGAGAGCUUUCACUGUGUACCGUAUGCGCUCAAGGUCCUGACAGAGACUGAAGAGGGCAUCGAGGAACUAGCUAAAGCAAAGCUGGUGCUCUUUGGGGGUAGCAGUUGUCCAGAUGAGCUCGGAGAUCUGCUCGUCAGCCGAGGCGUAUACCUUGUCGGUCACUAUGGCGCAACUGAGGUUGGCCAGCUCAUGACGUCCCAGCGAGAUGCAAACGACCACUCCUGGAACUAUCUGCGGCCACUCAAGACAGUGAGACCUUAUCUUUUCUUUGACGAAGUCGGACCCGGCAUAUUCGAGACGGUCGUGCUUGAUGGGCUCCCCACCAAGACACAGUCAAACUCUGACAACCCGCCCAACUCAUACCGAACCCGAGACACCUUCACAAAACACCCUACUCUUCCGGACAGAUGGAAGUAUCUUGGUCGCCUGGAUGAUCGAGUGACCCUGUUCAACGGCGAGAAAGUUCUACCUAUCCCUUUCGAACACCGGGUCCGUCAGAGCGACUUGGUACAGGACUGCGUCGUUUUUGGUGUUUCUCAGGCGUUCCCCGGACUGUUGGUGUUCCCCAGCACGCGUGGAGCGGAUCUCAACCAAGAGGAGUUUCUGGAUCGACUCUGGCCCACCAUUCAGAACGCCAAUGAGAAGGCGGAGCAGUUCGGGAGAGUCUCUCGCGAAAUGGUCAAGGUGAUCUACUCCAUGUACCCUUCCACCGACAAGGGCACAAUCAUCCGUGCUGCAUGCUAUAAGCAAUUUGAAAGAGAGAUAGAGGCUGCUUACCAAAACUUUGAGCUUAUUGGAAGUAAAGAAAAGCUAAACCUCGACGUUGCGGAUCUGGAACGAUAUCUCACCAAGCUGCUCUCCCAGCAGUUGGGAGUCGAGCCGGCAGACCUAGCAUCCGAUGCAGAUUUGUUCGCGGCAGGGAUAGACAGUCUGCAGGCCAUCACAGCCAGGGCCACUAUAGUCCGGGAGAUUGAUCUUGGCGGUAAGAUGCCGGGCCAGAAUGUUGUUUUUGACCACCCAAAGGUGGCACAGCUGGCCAAAUACUUGCACUCCCUUCGGACGGGAUCUGCGCUCGAGACAGAGACUGAAGAGGAUACAAUGCGCAAGCUGGUAUCAAAGUACUCUAAUUUCACUCCAUUCAAACCUGGAGUGCAGGUUCCUGUUGGAGAAGUUGUUGUCCUUACUGGAGCAACUGGCUCGCUCGGGGCUCAUAUCGUCUCACAGCUGGUCUCCCUGCCCCACGUCAGGCAUGUGUACUGUCUCGUGAGAGCUUCUUCCCCCGAAGAUGCCCACAAAAGACUUCUCGACUCGUUGGAUGCUCGCGGCCUGCGGAGCGGCCUCGAUGACGAUGAAGCUCACCAGCGCAUUGUGAAGGGACUCGGCUUUUACCCCCGUUCGUCCAGAUUUACGGCACUGCCUGCCGACUUGGGCAGAACAGACCUUGGUCUCGGCACUGAUGUCUAUACCGCCCUGAAAUCAGUCGUUACCUCUGUCAUACACUCUGCAUGGGCCGUGAAUUUCACAAUCCGCUUGCACAGCUUCGAGGCACAGCACAUUGCAGGUUUGCGCAAUCUAUUGGACCUGUGCCUCUCGGUGCCCUUUGCCCGGCCAGCCAGAAUGGCAUUUAUCUCGUCCAUCUCGGUCGCCGCAGGCACUCCUGCUCCCGCGCAUGUCCCGGAAACGUUAGUCAGCGACAUAGCUCACGUCCAGCCCAUGGGCUACGCCCGAAGCAAGUGGGUGGCAGAGCAAAUCAUCUACCAUGCCGCCACGUCUACUGGUAUUGAUGCACGAGCCCUUCGAUCGGGCCAGAUUAUCGGUGACUCAAUCGCGGGCCGCUGGAAUGCCACCGAGGCCAUCCCUCUGAUGAUCCGAUCUGCAGAGACAUUGGGCGCCCUUCCGUCCCUGAACGAAAGUCCCUCGUGGAUCCCCGUUGAUAGGGCGGCUGCAGCCGUUCUGGAGCUGGCUCACCUCGAUGCGCCUGGUACUCAAGCUUCCGGCUACUUCCAAGUCCGCGACGAGGAUGACGUCGUGUAUCACGUUCAGAACCCUAGAUGUGCUGACUGGAGCACGGAAAUACUUCCAGCACUCGCGGCAGCCGGACUGCAAUUCGAGGUUGUGAGCCAACGCGAGUGGGUGAAGAGGCUCCGGGAGGGCGAACAGGACCCGGCAAAGAACCCGACAGUCAAACUCGUGGAUUUCUUCACCGAGAAGUACGAUAAUGAUAAACCCGGUAGAAGAGGCCUGGUGUACGAAACACGUAGAACAGAGACAAGGAGCAAGUCUAUUGCUGCUGGGUUUGAUUUAGUUGGCAGUGAUCUGCUUAGAAAAUGCGUUCGCAAUUGGAAGGAGAGAGAUUGGAACUAG